GGAGACGAAUUGACAACGAGGCAGCCCACAGACUUCGGCGCCCACAAGAUCGGGAGAUAGCGGCCCACGGAGACUAGACAGCCCAUCCCCACAUCAGCCAGCGACGGCGACGCCGACGACGACGACUUUUCCUCUAUUUACCACUCUCCCGCGUCGCGCCAUAGCGACGUCUCUCCCGGAGAAAGAAGAGCGCGCCGCGCCAUGUGCGGCGGUGCAAUCCUCGCCGAUUUCACCCCGGCGAGGGUGCCCCGGCGGCUGACCGCCGCCGAGCUCCUGCCGGUGACCCCGACUCCCCCCGCCGCCGAGAGGAGAACCACCCGGAAGCGCAAGUCCGACGUCGACUUCGAGGCGGAGUUCGAGCUUUUCGAGGACGACGACGACGACGAUGAGUUCGAGCUUUCCGACGAUGGCGACGAGAGUUUGGCCGUGUCAUGUGUGUCGUCCCCCAAGUCGAAGGCAGUACCUUCGUUUUCUUUUUCGUCGGAUGUCUCCUCGAGCUCCAGGCCGCGGCGGCGCGUGGCGGCGGCGGCGGCCGGUCGUCGGAAGGCGAGCAAGAAGAGCAAGUACAGGGGCGUCCGGCGCCGGCCGUCGGGGAGGUUCGCGGCGGAGAUCAGGGACCCCAAGAAGGGGCGGCGCGUGUGGCUCGGCACGUACGGCAGCGCCGAGGAGGCCGCCAUGGCCUACGACCGCGAGGCCCGCCGCAUCCGCGGCAAGGGCGCGAGGCUCAACUUCCCCCGCGACGGCGAUGGCUCCCCUCGCCGGAGUAACGACCGGCCCUGCUGGACCAUCGACCUCAACCUCCCCGCGGCGGCCGUCUCCGGUGACGACGACGACGCCAUGGCCGUCGACGCCGCAGACGCAGACGCAGGCAGUGCUGGCCGUGCAGCAGCCUAUGCAGAUCAAGAAGCACUGAGCGCGGCAAAGUGCAAGAUCAAGCAGUGUCCUCGCGACGAACAGAUGGCGAGCGCCACACCUGAGCUCAUGGAGGAGGACGCGAGCAGCAGCAGAAACAUGGUGCCCCUGUCCAUGGCGCUGCAGCUGCAGUAUGCGGCGAUGAUCGCCGAAUGCGACCGCGAGAUGGAGGAGAUCGCCGCCGUGGAGAGGGACCUCGAGAGGCGCAGGAGGCAGGUGUUCGAGCGCAGAGGCCACCUGGUCAGGCAGGCCUCUCUUCUGCUCGACUGACGAUCUUGCUGAACUGAACUCUGAAUGUUUGAGCUUGUCUGAAGUCUGAACUCUGCACUAUGCCAUAUGGUGUUUCACCUUCACUGUGAGGCUGACAUGUGGGCCAGACGUCCGUUUGCCUUGCUUGCUUUUGAGCUGCAACUGGGCGUUGUGCUGCAAGCCUGCAAAGUGCCUGUGUAAAGUUUGUGGGAUUGUGUGUGUGGAUCUUGUAUCCUUGUGACUUUGCAAGCUUUAAUUUUGUGAGGAACAAUAGUAUUUUAGAUUGGUGUGUAAAAUAUAGAAAUAAAUAAUAGUAGCAACUAAAUUUUGGUUUUCAGCUCUUCAUCA